UUCCUUCCUGUCGUGAGAGUUUGAACUGCUUCUAACGCGAUUCGCGGACAAAUUUAUUAAAUCUACCUUUUUCAAUUCUCGUCUUACGCCGGGCCUCUCCGGGACCUGGGGCUUUUCCAAAUCUUCCGACAUUUUCGCAGCGUUGUUCAAUUUCGAAUCGGAAAUGUAGAAAAGUGCUCGCAGCGCCAAAAUGCCCAACCCUGUCCAAGAGUACUCAAAGAGCAACGUAAGGAUGUCGACGGACUUUUACAUACGCUACUACGUCGGCCACAAGGGCAAGUUCGGUCACGAGUUCCUCGAGUUCGAGUUCCGACCUGACGGCAAGCUGCGCUACGCGAACAACUCCAACUACAAGAACGACACGAUGAUCCGCAAAGAGGCGUACGUGCACCAGUGCGUGAUGGAGGAGUUGAAGCGCAUCAUUCAGGACUCGGAGAUCAUGCAAGAGGACGACUCGCUGUGGCCGCAACCCGACCGCGUCGGCCGGCAAGAGCUGGAGAUCGUCAUCGGCGACGAGCACAUAUCAUUCACGACGUCCAAGACUGGCUCCCUCCUCGACGUCAAUCAGUCGCGCGACCCGGAAGGGCUGCGAUGCUUCUACUAUCUCGUACAGGAUCUCAAGUGCUUGGUGUUUUCGUUAAUAGGACUGCAUUUCAAGAUCAAGCCCAUAUAAAGUGUGACACUUCAUUGGCGCACGCUAAAACACUAUUGUAACACUUUUUGACAUUCAAUUACCCAAACGUUGAUGUAACCUCUAUUCUAAUAAAAUAUAGAACAAUUGUACUUGUA